AUUAAACGUUCAACAUAUUUUUCCUGUUCCAUUGGGCGCAACUACUCCUCCGUCAAACCACAGUUCGGGGUGCGGUCGAGGCGACUUGGCAACCCAUUGACGAUUAUUCUCCAGUCACCAACACAUCACAGAACACACCAUGGCGACGGCUGAGACGGCGCAGGCUUUGAAGCUGACCAGAGGACAGUCGCCGCCUCAAUCGAAGCGCGACAAGAAAAGACAGCAGUUGAGCGAUAAGUUGGCAGUUCUCUCGGAUCAAUUCAGCCGCGAUCGUGACCGUCACUACCGGGAAGAACUCCAAAAGAUCCAAGUCGACGUCAACCUUGUUUCACGAGUCGACCCCUACGCCGACCGUCCCCUGGACGUGAUCGAGCGCGAGUACCGAGAGCUCUCGCAAGCCACUGCGAAUGGUGGCGACCGACCCAACCGCAGCCUUCUCGAGAUGGCUGGCCCCAGUUUCCAGGAUUGGGCACACCAAGUUGAGGAUCUCGUGGAACAUCGUGAUUACGAGAUGACAACCCACAAGUUUGAGUACGAGCGAAAGAUGCAAGAGCACUACAACACCCAUGCCUACAAGAUCGAAGUCGCAAAGCGGGAACACAAGGCUCUGUCGAGCACGCUCAAGGAUCGGUUGAUCAACACCAUCACAUCUAAGAAGUUUCGCUUGAGCAAAGAGAAGGAGGCUCUCGAGAUCAACGACAGCUCGGCUCUGCUCCUCCACCCCAACCAGUUCAGUCUGACGAACCCCGCAAGCCCGGGCGGUACACAUGGAAAGCGAACAACUCGACUGCGUAGAGAGAUGGAGGAGAUGCCCGGCUUCUCCGAGAACAAGAAGAGAAAGCGAAAUGGCGUUGACGACGACGGCUCUCCGGCCCCCAUGCGCAGAGCACUCGACACCUCCAACACCACGCCCCUCUGGCAGAACGAUAGAAUCCGAGCCAUGCGCAAGGAAACGGGCCCUGUCUACAGCAUUGACAAGCUGUUUACAGACAAGGAACUCUCCAUGACUUACAACACAGCUGCUGUUGCGGCUCACAAGCACCUACUCACCCGCCGGGAUGCCAACGGCAAUGUGAUCCCGUCCCCUGAUGAGAGCGAAACAGGAAAUGGCGAGGCCAAUGAGGAGGACAAAGACGAUGAUCUAUCGGCACCUACCAUGGAACGCCAGCCGUCGCACGCAACCCGCAGCACGCGCGGCGGCCAGAACAACACGCAGAACUUCUAUGACGACAAGGUGCUGGGCAUGGAAGCCCUGGCUAAUUUCGAGCAUGCUGGUAAUCUGGAUCGAAUGUGUACGCAGGAACCCAAGUUGCCGCCCCUCAUCCACUCCCAAUACUCCAAGGCGUACGUAAAGUCGGAGUCCAACACCCCCACAUCCUUAUCACAGGACGAUGCACAGCACGAUCUCAUGGUCAUGAGGGUCUUCAAGCUCCAUCAACGAGACCACGGUGUUGGCUCAAACCUGGAGGUACCUCAUGGAGGACGCAGCCUGCUGGAGGCCAUGGCGCAGCCGCGGCGGCCUGGCAGAUACGUUGCCUACAUCCAAGGCCAGAGACCUUCUGUCGACCGGCUAUCAGAACAGCUCGGCGUACCUAAUGGCACGCUACGGGAGGAACCAGGAGGUGUUCUGAGCGCCUUGGCUGGAGUUCCUGGUGUUGCUGCUGCAGGUGCCAACCACUCGUCACCUUCAGCGCCGCCCAUGAGCCGGCAAAGUUCCUUUGGAGGUGGAGCCGCCAUGACAAGGACUAGCAGUGGCCGGGGUCGACGAAGGGGGUAAUGGGCUAACGACGUGAUGACAUGGUACUGUUUGCUUGAUUUGAAGAGCGGAACAACCCGUUCUACUACGCGGUGUCAAGGAUGCUACCCCACCAGAACUGCUUGACUCUCUCCUAGCGUUUGGGUUGCCAGGAAAGGCUCAUUACAAGAGGAAUGGCCAAGCGGACGGACGCUUUACAUGGCAGGUUUGCUUAGUGUUUCAUGAUAUCCCGGCUGGAGCCUAACAGCGCAGCCUCG